CAAUCCAGUCAAGCAGGGCAUAAACCGGCCACUUGGAAACAAGGUGACACCGUGGCAUCAACCAACUCUCCACAGCUAGACUAACGUACCAGGUACGAUACCGGUACUCUCCAAGUGGGCUUCACUCUUGACAACCUGACAACCUGACAGUGUGCAUGUGUGCAUGUAGCAAACCCACCGACAAGCGCAACGGCUUUUUGAUUCACGGAUGCCCUCUGAAACUUUGUCCAUGCAGAUUUAAUAAACACAGAAGAGGGGAAGUAACACCCACAGCUCUUUAUUUCUUUCAAUGAACCAUUGCAGAACUCCAAUCCCGACCAAUCUAUUUGGGGUUUGUGUUUUCGGAUGCAAGCAGUUCUCGUUGCGCCCUUCCACGCAACGCUCACAAUUUGCGACCUUUGGCGGGGUAUUGAAAAGCUCCAAUACCGUCCCUACCAAAUCGCACCAGGAGGCAUCUUACCUGCAUCUCAUUAUCUGCCUAGUCAAGUUGAUAAGCAUCUUAUCUCCAUACUACAACAACACCUCUAGCUAGAUCAUUUUCUCUUGCCAGCAGGUGGCAGUGCAGUACCGUAUCCUCCUUUGCCAGUUCUAUCUUUGAGUUCGACAAAAUCUCCCCACAGAUUUUGAACCGGUCAACGCAUCAAUCAACUAACGGUAACAUUCAAUCAACAACCAACAACAAGCAACUACAGUACCGUAGUACAGAAGGGUAUCUUAGUUAACACCAUGACGACAUCUGGCAAUCCCAGCAUUCCAGUCGACAAGGCUCUGUGCGAAGAAACGUACGACUUGGUGCGCCACCAUCAGACAUCGAGUAUUGUCUCCAACAUGCUCACAUUUCCAUCGGCGCGCAAAUACGUGGAACGCCUACUACAACGAGAAGCACCCAUCGCCGCCCAACAGUGUUAUCGUCAAUUGGCCGUCGUCUCGGGGGUGACACAAUCUCGAGGCUGUACAGCCUACCAUGUCGCCGAAGAAUUGGUUGUGGCCGCUGACAUGGACGUUAUCUUGGUCGGACCUGGCAACAAUAGUAAGAGUCUCUUGGCCGCAGCUACGGACAUUACCGAAGAGUUUCUCAAACGCAAAGCUCGCGCGGGAAGUUUGGUGCCGACCACGGAACCUCCCAAAAUCAUGUGCGUGCGCAUGAAUCCCAACAGUUUGCGAUCUGUCUCCAAGGCCGCCCGCGAUAUUUCCAAGUUGGCCCAAAAGCAUCAUCAAGGACGCGUCCACGCAUUAAUCAAUCUCGAUGGACAAGUGUCGGAACAAUACGUGACAACCGAAGAAGGUGUUGAUGCCAAUGUCGGACGCAACUAUCUGGCACCGCGAUUGUUGGCCGACUUAUUACUGCCCCUCUUGCGAGCGGCUGCUACCGAUACGUUCAAGCCACGGCUCAUUCAACAAGCGAGUGUGGGACAUUGUCGUGGUUGUCAUUUUGAUCCCCACCGAUUGCGGAAACUUCCACGAGAAGGAGGAGCUCCGGAAGGGACUGUUGUAUGGAAUGAGUAUCAUUGGCAGUAUGCAGUGCCCUCGUCGGAAGAAGGCAGCACCGGGUUGGACCAAUACUACAGAAGCAAGUUUGCACUCAUGGCCGAUACCGUUGCUUUGGCCAAUGAAGAACCCAUGUUGGCCGCCAUUUGUGUCGACCCGGGAGUCUUGUCGUAUGCGACAUCUCCUUCGGGAAACACCCCCUCGCCUCGUCGUGCAUCGUUAUCUUCACGCUUUGUGGGGCUCAGUCACAGUCAAGCCGCCCGAUCGGCCUUGCGAGCCGCACUGGAUCCGGCUUUUAAUUCCAUCGACACGAUGCAAUACUUGCAUUGCGAUGGGAAUGCAUGGUCCAUGGCCGAGCCGACGUUGGAGAAUCCUCGCACCCGUCAAGCCUACGACAUGGAGGAAUAUGCGGCACUGGUACGAGAUGUGGCGGAUGAACUCUGUGGGCAGCUCGUGGCAGACAAGGGAUGUGGAUGGCAGCAACCACAACAGUCAUCGGAUGAGGAAGAUGUGUCCGAGUCGUCCUUCUCGGAAUCGUCAGCAGAUUCUUCCUCAUCGCUGGACUCGUCGUCGGCACAUGCCUAUAACGAAUGGCAAUGCCAUUCCUUUCAUUCAUCCUUGCUACAGACAUCAUUGAUUCCGGUAGGUGGUGGACGACCGUAUGCCUUCCAGUAGGGCAAGGUCUUCCACUGUUCAAGAAGUAAAUGAAUGAAUUAUCUACCGGUCUCCAAACAAAACACUAGCUAGUUAUGUUAUGUUAAUUGCCAAACAAAGCAGUCCGUGUACUGGUGCGCCGUAGGUA